UGCAGCUUCGAGAUUGCGAGUCGAGGCCGGAGAGAGUCAUUCAUGCAUUGCUUCUCUUGACAGCACCGCAUCACCCACCAUCAUCCAGCAUCCUUUCCCAUCGAUGCUUCGCCGCCAUCAACAUCAUCGCUGAUCGACCUUUGAUCUCCCUUCCUUGUGCGCGCCGGGCAUGUCGAAAUCACGAAUGCAGAACCUCAUCCUUGAGGUUCUCAAUGCGCAGCCGUCCCUUCGCGAUUCCAAGCAGUACAUCAACUCCUUUGGGCCAAAGGGCAAGGCAGCGGCGGCGGCAGGACCCAAGGCAGGUCCGUCGAGGCGAGCAGCACGUAACGUGGCGCCUCGACUCCCAUAUCGCCCACCACCACCACCUCCCUCUUUUGCGAUACCCAAUGUCCCCCCUCACCUCGAUCCGUCAACCUCAACAUCGACGAGCCACACUGCAGUGGCCGACGCACCUGCUGACGGAACGCAAGCCUACCUCGAAUCGUCGGCCGAUGUCUCGAUCCAGCAGCAUACCGCCCUCGUCAAAGUUCAGGGCCCCUUCACCCGUCGCCAACUUGAGUCCAUUGCAGAUGGCAUGGUCUACCUCAAGAAGCUCGGCUUAGUCUCUGUCAUCGUCGUCGAGGGAGAAGGGUGGUCACAGCCUGGCUUCGCUGCCGAAUUUGAUGAGAAAGGAAUAGCAUUGGCAGGAGCAGACGAGCGAGAGGCACAGGAGCUUGCACCGUGGACAGGAGAUGCCGCCUUUCGCUCAAAGUGCGCACAGGCUCGAGAGCUCACCCGUCAGCGCCACGUCUCGCUCCGGAGGGCAAUGUUGUCCGAUGUUCAGUCGCUCGCAGACAUGCUGCAGGAGCGUGGUGCACCUUCACGCCCAUUCCUGGGGCCCCUGCUUAAAGUCGACGCAGAUGCGGCAGCGAUGGCCGAGGAGGGCUCGACUGAGACGAGCAGCGCGUGGAGCAGCCCACGACGACAGCGGCGUGGCCCUCGAUCACCUCUCGUUUCGGAUGACGAUCUCGAGUCGCUACGAGCUGCGCUGGCUACCGAUCAUAUCCCGAUCAUCGCCCCGCUCGCCCUAUACUCGGACCCAAACGAGGCAGGCGCGGAGAGGAGCGUGCCCGUCAAGGCAGACGACGUACUCGUAGCGCUAGCUCGAGAUAUGGCGGCGCGAGCAGAAUACGAUACUGAGGAAGGCCAAGUCGACUUGAUGCCCGUACGCUUGAUGGUCAUUAAUCGAGAAGGAGGCAUACCGUCGCACGCGCGAGGUGGGAACCCGCACUUGGCUAUCAAUCUCGCCUCUGAGUACUCACAUAUCAAAAAGUCGUUCAUAUGGUCACAAUCUCAUCCGACCGCCCUCUCAAACCUAGACAUGGUCUACGACUGCCUCUCAUAUAUGCCCCACACCUCGUCAGGCAUCGUAGUCUCACAUCGCUCCCCGCGCUCACUCAUCGCCAAUCUCAUCACAAACAAAGCAGCACACUCACCGUCGCUCCCCUACGCUCUGCUCAAAUCGAGACAAGACGUCAGGCACACGCCUACGAUCCUCCGACCGGGCCUGUCCAUCCGUGUGAUUCAAGACCUAGCAAAGGUGGACCGGUCCAAGAUGACACAGCUGCUCGAAGCAUCAUUCCGGCGCAAGCUCGACGCAGACCGAUACUACGCCCGUCUGGAGGAGAAGCUCGACUUUGUCAUCAUCACAGGCGACUAUCAAGGCGCAGCCAUCGUCACAAAGGAGACGGUUCCUGGUGAUGGCGCGCAGGACGAACCUAUCGCGUACCUGGACAAGUUUGCCGUGCUCCCCCAGCUGCAAGGGUCGGGUACGGUAGACUUCUUGUGGGGAGCGCUGCGUGAUGAAGUGCAAGGAUUGGGAUUGCUCGAUGCCUUGAACGAUAAUGGAGGAAAGGGCGGCUUUGGUAGGGGUAGGGAUCUCGUGUGGAAGAGUAGGGCGGACAAUCCCGUGAAUCGCUGGUACUACGAGCGCUCCAAUGGCUUCGUCAAAGUGGACACUACGCCGCCGGAGCAACGCAGCAGCAAGACGGCCGAGGAGCUCGCGCGUGGCCGCAACUGGGUCCUCUUCUGGUGCGACGCAGAGGAACGGCUCAGCAAGAUGAGCGGGGAGCGUCGCCUCGGUGCGAGCGCGAGUGCAGAAGAUGUGCUCAGCUCGAUGGACGACGAGGAUGCAGCUGCCAUCGGCGGUGUCAGCAACGCAAAGAUGGGUAUAGAAGAAGAAGAGGAGGACUACGACGACUACGGCGUACGACAGAGGCAGCGUCGUCCCACGUCUCCGUUUGAGCGUCGCAUCUCUCAGCUGGAUCCGCGACCUGGUGGUGGUGGGCAGAGGCUACUGCCGGUCAUCGCUCCGGAUGAGGCUGGUAGGCUGGAGCGAUGGGCGCGUAUGACGUGUUACAUCCCGAGCGCGUGGGCGUAACGCGUCUCUUGAGGUGUCUGCAAGCAGCAUAGCGUAGCGAACCAAUGUUAAUACAAUUAAGCCAGGCCGACAGAUAGGACCCCGGCCAGGUGGUGCACACGAGGUGAGAUUGCCUUGCCAAGAAUCAGUGGUACAAUAGAUUUCAGCGCUGUACGAGCGUGACGCGGCUCUGUAUGCUUUCCGACGCUCGAUCCUCGCGAAGCUUGCCCCUCGAACCCUCGCCCAAGCUGGCCUGCCUGCAAGUCCGACCGUCCUGCCUGCACUUGGCAUACCGCCCACUCGAGGAGGCGGCGCGUGGCUGGUCGGGGACAUUUACUAGCGCCUGGCGUCUGGGCUUGGAUCUGGCAGGAAAUCAAGCAGCGAAGUGGUACCAACUUGCCAGAUUGGGGGCAAGGGACGACGAUG